GCACCUAAUAGUGACCCAUUCUCUCGCAAGUCACUGCUUUACAAGCCGCGUACUCCUGAAAGAGGAGGGAAAGAGUGUGCCGCCAUUGGCUUCCCGAGACCUGUUUUUGAAAUGUCGGGAGAGUCAGAUGAAGCGCAUGCUAGCAACACUUUGGAGGCUGGCGAAAAGGAGAUGCAGCGGGUCAAAGACGUCGUUCGCUCGCUGCCUCUUCUGGCCGUCAAGGACUUGUUAUCUGCGGGGGUUUGUGUUAGAUGUGUCUUCAGGCUAUUUGGGGUCCAAGGACAUAUAUAUUCUUGCUCUGCCCUCUCACUGGAUAUGAUUUGUGGUGCUGUUGGAGAAACGGCUGAUAUAGAAGGACAUAUUGUUGGCAGUGACAUUGAAACGAAUGAAUCAACUUAUAUAUUUAAAGAUUCCGAAGUUGAGCCAGAAAUCUGUAUCAUUUGUUUGGGCAUUCUGCAGUUCUCUUAUCGUGAUGAGAAAGAAGUACUGGUGAGAAGGGAGAGUGCCAAAGAUUUUGUUAUGUCUCUUGCUGAACUUGUGAAGCAAGAAGGUCAUCAAAUUGAUGGAAUUUCUCUUGAAGUUUCUGUACCAUCAGUGAUUUUGGAGAAUGAGCAAGUGGCUUGGUUGGAUUUGAAAAGGAAAUAUGGAUCUGAACCUUGGUUCCAACAAUGGUUACUUUCUGAGCGUAUUUCUGCAAAAGAUGCUUUGAAAUUUGCCAUAGAAAGUCUCCUUGAGACAUUAUUUGAUGUUAAGCUGGGUUCAGGCACUUUAUGCAUUCGUUUGACAUACAUGGACUCAAAGGCAUCAAAUUCAGUAGAAAGGAACCAGGGUUUCAAGAGAAAAAAAACAGAAUUUCCUGUUGCUGAAGUUGAGGCAGAAAGUAAAAGGUGUUUAAAUGGUUGGCAGGGUGAUAACCUAUCCAAAUGCUCCAAAUUUCCCCUGGAGAAGGUCAGUAAACCCUGCUACUUGGCACUUCUAUGCCAUAGGACAGCUGUUUAUUUUGGUGGGCGAUAUCUCAAGUACUCGAGAAACGUGAGUCAAACACGUUGGAUCAUUGAUGAUGAGAGAAUGGGAGAAGCAUCUGUUGAGGAGAUAAUAGGUGGCAGCAUUCUUCCAAUGUGUCAGGGUGAUAAUUACAAGUUUCAUGCAGCCGGUAGAGAGGAUAUCGAUGUUCGAAUGCUAGGCUCAGGUCGGCCUUUUCUUGUUGAGAUGCAAAAUGCACGCCAAAUUCCAUCGGAGGAGUCUGUGAAAGAAAUAGAAACAAAGAUAAAUCAAUUGGAACCUAAAUUUGUUGGAGUGAGAAACCUUAAGAUGGUCGACAGUCAUAGUUGGACCCUCAUGCGUGAAGGAGAAGCGGAAAAGCAGAAACAAUAUGCUGCCCUGGUGUGGACUUCUCGCUCACUUGAGGAUGAAGAUUUACUCUCUAUAUCUUCAGUGAAGGACUUACAAAUUUUGCAGAGGACCCCCAUAAGGGUGCUUCACCGCCGAAGUCCAUUGGAACGUGAAAAGAUUAUACAUUGGAUAAAAAUUGAGAGAAUGGCCGGAAGUUCUCAAUAUUUCCUUUUGCAUCUUUGUACCCAGGCUGGGACAUAUAUCAAGGAAUUUGUUCAUGGGGAUCUCGGUCGUACCCAUCCCAGUCUCUUAUGGCUCCUCAUAUUCAUACAACUGUAUGUCGCCUGCAAGUCAUGUAUAAGGGCCAUUGAUACCCCUCCAACUUGUUGCUUUGAGUUGGGGGUUAUGUUAUUCCUUUCGGCAUAAAGGGGCGAGCAAUAUUGUUAUAAAAGGUAUUGGUUCGAUUCUUGGAUGCAGAGCAGAGAUUCUGCAACUUGAUGUUACAGAAGUGAAAAUGGACUGUUUUCUGGAUGAGUAAACGAGGUUAUCUGGUAUACCCAAUUUACUGGAUUUUUCUGAGAUGUUACUUUUGCCCUUUUUUUAUCAUGCAUGGAGUUGCUUCAGAAUUGCUUAGGGAAAGCAGAACAGCAUAGUAUGUCCAAUGCAUGAAGACCCUUUAAUUCCUUAUUAGAUUGCAAAUAUGUCCACGGAUAAAUGAACGAAGUGGCUGGCUGCUUUGUUGAUCCGUGCAGACCACAUACCAUGACGGUAUAAAUGUAAGAUGCAAAUGGAGAUAUCUAUAAUUAUCUUUAAGGACUAA